UAUUAAAUUUUUUGGACUCUUAUUAUGCCGCCAAGAAAAGGGAAGAAUAAAAAGGAAAUCUUAGGAACAGAUUUUCACGCACAAGAGGAAGAAAGCCAUAUCCACAAAGGGGGUCGACGUGCAGCCAAAAAGUCACAAGUGCCAAAUUCCAACUCUUCUGCCGCUACCACUGAAAGUAAUAAAGUUCAACAGGUUAAAAAAAGAAGAAAAAAAGGCAAAAGAAGAGGCGACUCAUCCUCCUCGGAUGAAGAAGAUGUGCAAUAUACUGAACACCACGCUAAUAAAGCAUAUUUUUUCACAGAAAAAGAACAAAAAAACCCUUUAUCUACCGUCGAAAACUCGGAUAAAAAACAAGAAGAGAAGAGAGUUUUUAGAAGAAGAAAAAAAGGGAAUUUAUCUUCUGACAACGAAGAAUUUACACUUCUUGGCAAAAAGGAUAAGGAAGGAAUAAAUUGCAAUUUAAUAGCUUUUGACAAUAAACAGCAGUAUAAAGAAGAACCUUUCGGUUUGGCUGUAAACAAUAUUGAAAGCAAAAUAGAUGAAUCUCUUAACUAUAACAGAAAACUAAAGAAGAAAAGAAAUAGGAAGGGUAAAAAUAGAUUAGAUUAUUCGUCUUCUGAAGACGAUCUUACCACCUCAACCCAUCCUGAGGUUAUGGUUGGUCUAGCUCUUAACUUGGAAGAAAAAAAUACCUCUUUUGUUCCCCCUUUUUUAAGUGAUAAAAGAAAAUCGGAUAUUUAUAUAAAUAAAGAAGACGAAGAAUUUUCUUCUUUAACCCGGCGAAACAACCUCCCUACUGUCAAUUUUUCUGCAAGUGGAGCUGAUGAAAGGAAAGAACUUUUUUUGGUUACUGAUGCAAAAAAGAAAAAAGGAACACGAAAAGGAAAGGAAUUAUUUUUAGAUGAGGAAUAUUUUGAGCUUCCUGUUGAUAACAGAAAGGAAGACCAUUCCUCUGCUUUAGUUAAAGGUGGUAAUAGGAGAUUGUUAAAGGAAAAUAAGAAUUCAAGAACUGAAACAAGAAAAGAAGAGACGACUUUUGACAAAGCUCCUUUUUUACAGGAAAAUGUAAAGCGACCUACUUCUACCCAAGUUGAGGUUGAAGGGCGCAUGGAAUUUGGCUUCGAAGGAAAUACAUCAGAAAAUACUACAGAAAACCUUGUUUCUUCAACGGUGGAAGUGAGGAGUAGUAGUCAAUUACCUGGUAACAUAUUUGAACAAUCUGUGACUAAAGCUAAAAAUUCUGAAAUUUGUGAAGCUAUGUUGAUUGAGGAAUUUCCAUAUAAAACUUAUGUUGAAAGUAACCUUCCUGAUAAGUUUUCAAAGUUAACUUUUGAGGAACAGCCUCGCGCCUUGAAGAAUCGGAGCAUUAUCUCUGAAGACUUGGACGUUCCGUUCUUCUUGAAAAACGGAAAGUUGGAAUCCAAUCGUCUUCGAAAAAAAGAAAGGAAGGGGAGGCGUUUAAAGAACAAGACUACUGGUCAGGAAUUUGGUUCAGUUAAGAGCGAUCAAGAAGAGGACAUACUUGACGCCUUAAAUAAGGCUUCUGGAAUUGAACUUGGAUCACAAUUUGUUGUUUCGCAAGCCGUAAGCAGAGGCCACUCAACUCAGAGCGAUGAUAUAGUCAAAAUUAUGGACUUCAAUAUUUCUGUUGGAGGCCGAGAGUUGUUUAAAAAUGCGUCCUUGGUUAUCAAUAACGGGCAACGGUAUGGCCUUUUGGGCCCCAACGGUCGUGGUAAAACAACGCUUCUGAAACACAUCGCCAGCAGAGCGUUGGUGGGCAUCCCUGAGAACAUCACAGUUUUACUGGUUCAGCAGGAGCUCGAAGCGCCAUCCGAAGAGUCUGUAGUCGCGGCUGUUAUGAAGGCUGACCGACGAACGAAGCUACUGCUUGAAGAAGAGGUCAAACUAAACCGGGCUUUAGACAUUGAGGAAGAUCUCUGCAAACAAGAAUCUCUCAGCGCGCGUCUGCAAACUGUCUAUGAAUUGCUACACCAGAGGAGUGCAGCUUCCGCGGAGGGCAAAGUGCGUAGCAUCCUCUACGGUCUAGGCUUUCAGACAAACGCCCAAGAUAGGCCUACCAGAAGCUUUAGUGGUGGAUGGCGGAUGCGCAUUGCACUGGCUCAAGCAUUAUUUAUGGAGCCCGGUCUUCUCUUAUUGGAUGAACCCACCAAUCAUCUGGACUUGGAUGCCGUUAUAUGGCUAGAGGACUAUUUGCAAAAAUGGAAAAAGAUGCUUUUAGUAGUAUCUCACGACCAGGACUUUCUAGACUCGGUCUGCACGGAUUGUCUGCACCUCGACGCUAAGAAGCUCAACCAUUACAAGGGAGGAUACUACGAGUUUAAAAAAUUGUAUGAGCAGCACUUCGAACAAGAGUUUAAGAAGUGGAAACAACAACAGAAACAGCUGAAGCAGCUCAAGCAUAGUGGGCUUACUGCUAAGAAAGCAUUGGAAAAGACCCAGAAGCAGCAGAAGGCCAAAGAUGAGAAGCUACUGGGAAAAAAAGCGCAAAGCAGCAGAGGAGAAGGAGGAAGGAUCGACCGCCAUGCAACUGAUGGAGAGACCACGCUUGUACAACGUGGAGUUCACAUUUCCCGAGCCACCAGAGAUUCGAGAACCAAUUAUUACCGUCCACGAAAUCUCCUUUAGUUAUUUAAACGGAAGGCUUUUAUUCAAAGACGUCAGUUUCGGCAUCACCUUAAAGACACGUGCGUGUAU